CGGAGUUUUGGCUUCACUUUCCAGCCAAAAGAGUUGUUCAAAGACAAAGCAGCAGCAAUAUCCAACCUCAUGGACUCACAACAACUCGAGAUCGGACAAUUGGAGAGGAAUUCCCAAACUCCACAUACAGCAGAUAAGUGCAGCAACAGAAGCUAGAUCUUCCAUGGAGCCACCACCACCACCCUUCCUACACGGCAACAACAACAGGUACGCUCCGAUCCAUCAUAGGUUUUCCGGCGACCGGAAUUUCUACCACCACACCCAACCCCACCCACACCACAACCUUCAACCACCACCGGCUCCGCCACCAAACCCUACUCCGUAUCAUCACCAUUCCCAAUUCCCUUUCCCUAAUUCUCACCCUAUCGAGGAGGACCCCAGAAGACAUGCCUUCGAUGUUGACCGCCCUGCUAGGGUUGUCGAUCGUCUAAUCUUCGAACACCACCGUCACAACCACCUUCCUUUCCCCGAAGAGCAUCCCCGUCUUCGAGGGCCCGAAUUCAACACUUCUGAUGCCUGGGAUCUACAUAGGGUUCCGCCCGAUAACCGCCCCCCGCCACCGCCUCAUCCUCCGGCGGCUUUCCCUGUUGCUUGGGAAAAUGAACCCCAUCACCCUCCCUUCAGCCAUCCCAUGUCUCCGUAUGAUGGCAAUUUCGUUGAUCAAAAUAGAUUUGGAGACGAUCCAGAAGCGGCCGUUGGGUUUAGAGAGUAUUCUGGCAAGGAAUUGAUAUGGGAUCAAAUUAAUCAUCGAGGUAAUGGUAGUGGUAAUGGUCAUGGUGAUUAUUACCGUCAUCAUGUUGCGUUUGAGCCCACCAUGUCGUCUAGGGAUUUUGAGUCUGUGACGACGAGCCAUCAUGGUUCUCGCCACAACUUAGAGUUCAAUAAUGGACGCUCAUGGAAUAGUGGAGGAGGAGCCGAUCUGGAUGCAAACAGGAGAUGGAAGUCGUCGAGGCCACAUUCGAAAGACGUGGGCUCCUAUGCUCAUCACCAUUCGGGAACUGAAAGGGAAAAUACAGAGAUUGUUAGAGAUGAAAAUGGUCGAAUUCUCCCAGAAAAACACUAUACCUACACUUCAAAAAUGGGGAGGUUUAAGAACAGGAUUACCGUGGAAGGUAACCAAGAAAUUAUUCAUACUCCAAAGAAGAAAAUACAAAAGCCAAGCGCUCUAGUUAGGGUUCAGUUAGCAAAUCCUUCCCUUAGGAAAAGGCGAGAUGAACAUUUUGGACCAUCCACAUACUUUGAUGAGUCUAACUCUGGUUCUUUUAGAGGUAAAGGCCCCCUUGUAUUCUCUGAUUAUAGAACAGAAGAAGACAGAGAAGGUAGCCCUGUUGAACUCGAUGUUUCUUUCAAGUCUAAUACUCUAGUGGCCAAAGCUAUUUUGACUCCUCCAAGUUCUGUUGUUAGUUCUGAAGGGACGGGCACCCCAGGGGCUAAGAAGAUGAAGAGUGUCUUGACGCUUGUUUCAGGUUUGUCAAGUUCACGGGUACCUGAGCUCCGUGAGGGAUCGGUAAAUGGAGAUAUUUCUACACAUGGGGCAGAUGCCUCCUCAAGUUCUGAUAAGGCUCCAAUUCUGUCAAAAGAGAAAGUUAAAAAUUCUGGUAUUGGGACAGUGGAUAAUGUUGGUGUGCAGCCUUGUCCAAAUGAGGUCACCUUUUCACUUCAGAACAGUGCAACGAAUGGAACUGAUGAGGCUGUUUCGACAAGAAAUAGUAUUAAUGUUGGUUCUGCUGGGACUUGCACUCCGAAUAGUAAAAAGAAGAAAGCCUGGUCCUCUGAUUCACGUUUAUCAAAUUCAAGGGCGUCUGAUAAGGGACCUGGAAAUGCAGAUAGCUCCACUUGUGGUGUGGAUGCUAUCAUUAGUUCCAACAAGGUUCCAAGGGAGUCAAAAGACAAGGUUCAAGUUUCUGGGACAGAGAAAAAGGAAAAUGUUGGUUCACAAGCUUGUCCAAAUAGGGUAAUUUUAUCACUUGAAAAGGAAGGAUCUUCUAGGGAUACAGUUUCUGUUGUUGAUAGAGUUAAUACUGUUUCUGAUAGGACUUGUAUGCCUAAAACUAAGAAGAAGAGGAGGAAAAUCUUGUCCUCUGUUUCAGAUUUGUCAAAUUCUAGGCCCUCUGAAGUCCAUGAAGAACCUGUAAAUGUGGAUUGGUCCACAUGUGGUGCAGGUGCUGCCUUGAGUUCUGACAAGGGCCCAACAGCGCCCGAAGAGAAAGUUAGAAUUUCUGGCUUGAGAGCAACUGAAGAUGUUGGGAAGCAUUCUUUUCCAAAUCAGGACACUGGGUUGUCUGUGACCGUGAAUAGUGUAGCAGAAGGACCUCAAAAGUCCAUGGUUUCUAUGAGUUGUGUUAAUGUCAUCUAUGAUAAGAAUUCUGCACCUAAACACAAGAAAAAGAAGAAAGUCCUGUCCUCUGUUUCCAGUGCAUCAAGUUUACAGACAUCUGGUGCCCCUGAGGGACCUAAAAACAUUGAUGGCUCUCCCCAAGGUACAAGUAGCACUUUGGGUUCCGACAAAGAUCUAAUGCAGUCCAGAGAGAAAGUUAGUGUUUCUGGCAUUGGGACCGUGAAUGAUGUUGGUUUGCAACUUUCUCCUAAGGAAGCUACUGUGUCACUUGGGCACAACACAUUGGGACAAUCUUCCAUGACUAUGACUUCAGUGAAAGGUGGUGCAAAUGGUGUUUCUGCUAGGGCACUUACAAGAAAGAUGAGGAAGAAAAUGAAAGUCGUAGUCCCUCUUUCUGGAUCAUUAAGUUCGGAGGUAUCUGACAUGAACGAAGGAUUGCCAUGUUCAGGUAGCUCCAACCAUCAUGCUGAGGCCAGCAUGAGUUCUGACACUGGUCUGAGACAUGAACAAGCAGUUACAAUUUCCAGCACUAGAACUGCGGAUGAUUUAGGCUCACAUCCUUGUCCUAAGGAGGCUUUGGUAGAACUUGAGAAUAGUGCAAUAGAAGUACUUCAGGAGGCCAUAGAUACAGUGAGAGGUGAGGGUACAUUUAUUUCAAAUGGAAAAUGUAUAUCGAAGAGUGAUAAGAAGAAGGUCAUGUCCCCUUCUUUGGGUUUGUUAAAUUCACAGGCAUCGGAAAUUGGUGAGGGACCUAUUGUGAAUGGAGAUAGCUCUGCAGGAAAGGUGGGCACUGCAUUGAGUUCUGACAAGGCCCGAACACAUUUAGAACUACAAGUUCCAAUUUCUGGUAUUGGGACUGUUUGUGAUGUUGGCUUGCACUCUUUAAAUGAACCUGGUGCAUCAUGUGGGAACUAUGCAGGAGAAGGGUUUCUGGAGGUUAAAGGUUCAGAGAGUUGUCUCACAAUAAUUGGUUCUGAUGGGACAUGUACACCUAAGAUUAAGUGGAAGAGGAAAGCCAUGGCUCCGCUUUUGAGUUUUCCAAGCUCUCCUGCACCUGAAAUUCACAAGAUAGCCUUAUACACCAAUACCUCUGCCAAUGGUGCAGAUGUUGCUUUGAGUUCUGGGAAAGGUUUAAAGCAGCCAGAACACAUUGAAGUUUCUGGUAAUGGAAUUGUAUGUAAUGUCAGUUUGCAGAAUUGCCAAAAUGGAAGAAAUGUACCUGAGACUAGAGCAGUGGAGGCAUUCUGUGAGCCCAUAGUUUCAGCUGGAGGUGCAUCUAGUGAGAACAUAAGUAAACUGGAUCAACUUAAUGUGGGUUCUAGUUCAGUUGUUGAGGAUUUGGCUGCUCCAAGUACGCAGUCCCCUUCAUCAGUAUUGCAAGGUAGGCAACAAGAAGCUCCUUGUGUGUCCAUGACCAACUGCAAGGAACAUUCUUGCAAAGAUAAUUUUAUGGACAUGGAAAGUGCAAAAGGAAGUGGAGAACAAACUGAAGUUGAUAAAUCAGAUGUAAAUGAUAUGCUUAGUAGAAAGAACAGUGAAGACAUUGCUGCAUUGCAUUCACAGAGUCGGGAAGAAUCGUCUGGAGUGCCUUUAGAACUCCAGGCUUCAGAUUUAGAUCAGAAAUCACCUGGUAGAACAAUAGAGGGUGAUGGUCAAUAUCUUCUGGUGAAAGAUGAAUUGCCCUUUGAGUCCAAUUAUUUAUCUUUAGGUGCAGAGACCCCUGAAGUCUCUACGGGUAAUUCCACUGAUGUGCCAAUGGAGUCGCUUGAUAAUGUUAACAAGGUUGACACCCCAGAAUCUUUUCCUAUGGAUACAGAAUCAGAAAUGUUGAAUGCCAAGCAGUUGCUUAGCCAUGUGUCCAAUGAAAAGGACAUUAGGGGUGAUCAUAAACUUGAUGAGAAGUCAUUGAUAGGUGGUUCCCCUUUAAGUGGUAAUGAUUCAUUUGCUUCUGAGCUUGAACUUAAUGUGAAACCAAAUAAGAAUGUACAGAGUUGUAACUUAAUUACAGAGAAGAAUGUGUUGUUGCCAUCACUGGAAACCAAAAAACUAACACAUAGUCUGAAGCUGAAGGGUGUCGAAUUGAAUGGUAAGAAGUCCCAGCAAACAUCUCAUGUUUUUCCCAGUCGAUCAUCUUUUGUUUUGGGUCCCUUGAAAGAAAUUUCUUAUUCAACUCAUCUUUCAAGGCCACGGACAUGGCGUCGAACAGAUAAUCCUUCUACUUUGGAUGGUAAAAAGUCAUCUCCAAGCACCAGUACUUCACAAAGGCAGUCACCAAGAAAACUUGGAAAGGUUCAGGGCACUUCUUACAUACGCAAGGGUAACAGCCUUGUAAGAAAAUGUGCUCCUUUUGCUGCUCUUCCUCAGGCUUCUCGUAGUUUGAAUAAGGUUUACCGGUUGAAUCCUGUGGGUAAGGAUGAAACGAAGAAUGAUACAGAUUCUGAAUUCAAGGUUGAAAAUGUUGAUCCUCCAAAUAGUUUUAGAACAGGAACAGGCAGAAUGAAUGCUUCUCUCGAGAUUCCCAAAACACCUCCCUUACCACAAAGCACCAAUAUAGCAAACUGCACUAUGAAGUCUUCACGAGAUUGCAUGUCUUCAGCAUUGGCAGAUCCUCUUUCAGAAGAUGGUUCAGAAAAUAUACUGGAUCUUCCCAAACUUGCGGAAAGAGAGGAUACACUCCAGAAUACCAGAGCUUCCGAAACUCAAGCUGGUUCGAGCACAAAUUCUGGAAUUCAAAACAUCUUUAAUGAUGGAAAUUCAAAGUCCUUAUCGAAGAGCAUAAUAUAUGUAAAGCGUAAGUCAAAUCAGUUGGUUGCUGCUGCAAGUCCUGAGCAUUGUGAUCCAUCUAUCCAUGUUGCAGAAAAGAUGCAAUCUUUAUCUUCUUUGAUAUCUUCUGAUUGUUACUACAAAAAGAAAAAGAACCAGCUUAUUCGAAAUGCCACAUCAUCAGGAAGCCAUGCCAAGCUAACAGUUGCUGCCCCCGAGGACAGUUCAAAUUCAGAGGGACAAAGGGUUCAAAAGGUUUCCUCUUCAAAAUGCAGCAGAAAUUUAAGUAAGAAGACACCUUAUAAAGUCUUACAGAAGACAUGUAAACCUUCAAAAUUCUCUUUGGUGUGGACACUACGUGGGGCACAAUCUCCAAGUGAAGAUACUAAUGCAAUGCAACGUCAAAAAGUCUUGCCAUACAUCUUUCCAUGGAAAAGGACAGCAUACUGGAGACAAUUUAUGCAUAGUUCUGCUUCCAUUCCCAAUAUAAGUUCCUUCUCACUGAUCUGUAGGAAACUGCUGCUCUCAAGGAAGAGGGACACAGUUUACACAAGAUGCGGAUUUUCUCUGAGGAAAUCAAAGGUAUUGAGCAUUGGUGGAAAAAAUCUUAAGUGGUCAAAAUCCAUUGAAAAGCACUCCAAGAAAGCUAAUGAGGAAGCUACACUGGCAGUUGUUGCAGUUGAUCGGAAGAAAAGAGAACAGAAGGAUGCUGCUUGCGUUAUGUCCACUGCAAAGAAUAGAAAUCAAUCUUCCCGUAAGUCAGCUCAUAGUAUAGAGCUGCGGCCAGGAGAGCGCAUAUUCCGUAUAGGUUCUAUGCGAUACAAAAUGGAUCCAUCAAGGCACACAUUGCAGAGGAUUGCAGAUGAGAAAUCAAGUGCAGUUGAUCUCCAGUCAGGAAAGAAAGCCACAAAGUCCUUUAUUCCAAGGAGAUUGGUGAUUGGAAAUGAUGAGUAUGUUCGACUUGGAAAUGGUAAUCAGCUUGUAAGAGAUCCAAAAAAACUGAUUCGCAUCCUUGCAAGUGAGAAAAUUCGAUGGAGUUUGCACACUGCUAGAUUGCGCCUGGCUAGAAAACAACAGUAUUGCCAGUUUUUUACAAGAUUUGGUAAAUGCAACAAGGAUAAUGGAAAAUGUCCAUAUAUUCAUGAUCCUAGCAAAAUAGCAGUCUGCACAAAGUUCCUGAAAGGUUUAUGCUCAAAUACUAACUGCAAGUUGACACAUAAGGUCAUUCCAGAAAGAAUGCAGGAUUGUUCUUAUUUCUUGCAAGGAUUGUGUACAAACGAGAAUUGUCCAUAUAGGCAUGUAAACGUUAACCCAGAUGCUUCAGUUUGUGAAGGUUUCCUAAGGGGCUAUUGUGCUGAUGGUAACGAGUGUCGUAAGAAGCACAGCUAUGUCUGCCCUGCGUUUGAAGCAACAGGAAUCUGUCCUCAAAGGUCUAUGUGCAAACUUCAUCACCCAAAAAAUAGAAACAAAGGCAAGAAAAGAAAACGGUCGAAGGAUCAUCAGAACACACGAGGGCGUUACUUUGGAUCCAGAAUUACUGAUGUUUCUGAGCCCAAGCCAGUUGCUUCUGACUUGUCUAGCGCACAGAACAGUGAAGACAUAUUCUUUCUUGAAGGAAAAUUCACAGAUUAUAUCAGCCUUGAUAUUAGUGAUGAAGAGAUGAAGGAAAUUAGUGAUCCAACUGAUACGCAAGCAACCUCUUGCGAGAGCGACCCCUCAGAAUUACCAUUGGAUGAUUCUGAUGAACUUAUUAAACCAAUACGCAUCAUGGUUAAAAAUCGAACUUGACAUAUUCUUUUCCAAUCAUUGCAGCCCAAAAGCUAAGCAUGUGAGCUGUCAUGGGGAAUAUAAUCCAUUGUAAAAAUAAUGCAUAAUUCUACAAAGAGUUCUUUUCUGCCAUUGCAGAAUGUUUUUUUUUUUUUUUUCAGGUCUUUAAUUCCAUGUCUAUUAUGUACAUGAUCACAGAUUCACAAUGAAGACUAAAGAGAGCUCAUUUUUAUACAGUUGUCAA